UAGUGAGGAAAAAGCAACGGGAGGACAGACCAUGGAGGGAGGGAGCUGGAUGUAUUAGCCAGUUUGCUACUUUGGGACACUUUUCUUUCCUCUUCGCCUUCAUUUAAAGACGCGGCUGUAACGCGGCGACAUGGUGGCGGUGUGUGAUUUAAAUACCGGGAAAACGUCGUAAAUCUCACGAUCGCUCCAAUGUCCAACAUCUGACGGUUAACAGUUAGCACGACCCGACGAAAGUUAGCCUGCUCCGGCUAACUUAGCCUUUCUCGGCUGGCGAGAAAAGACAUAAAAAAAACCCAAACAAAGCUAGUCGAGAAGGAGUUAAGGCUAAAGUUACUCGUAAUGUUGCCACUCGGGAUUAACUUUAGAUACGGAUGAGAACGAAUUCGCCCCAUAGGGAACAACGAGGAGAACAACCAGACGACCACUGCUAUGUUGGGGCUGAUUCCCGGCUCUGGCAGCCCGCCUGAGUCCCGAGGUUGGCCACACUCGGUGCUGUGGAGGCUCGGGGGCUUCUUCUUCCUGCUGCUGCUGGAGGGUGCAGGUUGUCUGGCCAGCCCGAGCAGUCCUUCAGGCGUCAACAACAACAAUAACCAGCCCAGUGUCAACAUAUACAUGAGUGUGGAGGAGGUGAAGAAGCUUUUAGGCCUCGAUGCAGAGCUCUUUUAUGUGCGGGACAAUGUGGUGAAUCAUUAUGCUCUCUCCUUCACCCUGCCGGUGCCCAGUGACACCAACAGCCUUCACUUCACAUGGCAUUCCAAGACAAAGGUUGACUACCGGCUUGGCUUCCACAUAGAGAAUCCUAUUGCCAUGAACCAACCCCGGACCAACAUCUCCAUCCAGGGGGAGGUGCCCCGUGUUCCCUCUGUCUUCAGAGUGGACCUCUUCUGUUCAGGCAAGGUGGAUGGAGAGGCUGUUAUAACAGUGCAGCUCAAUCUGACCAUACACGCCAACAACUACACAGUGCUCAACUUCAAAAGGAGGAAAAUGUGCUAUAAAAGAAUAGAGUCUGACCCCAAGAUUGCCAUUCCUCUCAACAAUAACACUCUUCCUCGGCCUGACUUAGAUGGAGUGACUGCUCCCACCACCUCCACCCAGGUGUUCUAUAUAAGUGUUAGUGUGUGCUGCAUUGUCAUCUUCUUGGUGGCCAUUAUCCUGGCCAUCCUGCACCUGCACAGCAUGAAGAGAGUGGAGAUGGAGGACAGUGUGAGUGACAGUGGAAGCUCACAGGGUCUGUCCCAGCCAUCCACUCAGACCACACAGUACCUGAGGGCGGACACUCCAAACAACGCUGCUCCUGUCACCAACAAUCACCCUGGUUCUGCACCCAUCCUCCAGCUUGCUGCCUCCUCCUUCCAAAACCCCGGCGCUCCCCCUCAUGAAACCAAAAGUUAUCCAUCUCUGCGAAUAGAAAAGAAUGACCUGAGGAGUGUUACUCUAAUGGAGGCUAAAGCCAAAGUGAAAGACAUUGCCAUCUCAAGAGAGAGAGUCACUCUACGAGAUGUCUUACAUGAAGGCACCUUUGGCCGCAUCUUCCACGGCAUACUGCUGGAUGAAAAGGACCCCAGUAAAGAAAAGCAGGUCUUUGUGAAGACCGUGAAAGAUCAUGCGUCUGAGGUGCAGGUGACCAUGAUGUUGACUGAAAGCUGCAAGCUUCGUGGACUUCAUCAUAGAAACCUGUUGCCUAUAAGUCAUGUGUGCACAGAAGAGGGGGAGAAGCCCAUGGUGCUUUUGCCCUUCAUGGCUUGGGGGAAUCUCAAGCUGUUCCUGCGACAGUGCAAGCUAGCUGAGGCUAACAACCCACAGGCGAUUUCUCAACAGGACUUGGUUUACAUGGCCAUACAGAUUGCAUGUGGAAUGAGCUACCUGGCUCGCAGAGAGGUCAUCCACAAAGACCUCGCUGCCAGGAACUGUGUCAUUGAUGACAACAUGCAAGUAAAGAUCACUGACAACGCCCUUGCCCGGGACCUAUUUCCUAUGGAUUACCACUGUUUGGGGGAUAAUGAGAAUCGACCCGUCCGCUGGAUGGCUCUUGAAAGCUUGCUCAACAACGACUUCUCGAGUGCCAGUGACGUGUGGGCCUUUGGAGUGACGCUGUGGGAGCUGAUGACUCUGGGUCAGACCCCGUACGUCGACAUCGACCCCUUUGAGAUGUCAGCCUACCUGAAGGAUGGGUACCGAAUAGCACAGCCAAUCAACUGUCCAGAUGAACUGUUUGCAGUGAUGGCUUGUUGCUGGGCCCUGGACCCGGAGGAGAGGCCAAAGUUUCAGCAGCUUGUUCAGUGUCUCACAGAGUUUCAUGCAGCGUUGGGCGCUUACGUCUGAAAUCAAGAACAGAAACACUUCUAGCUGGUGGACACUAUUCAUAAGGAAUACAUGUAUGAAAAUGUGCCUUAUCCGAUGAAAGAGCUGAGACUUAAGCUGAUUAUUUCAUUUUGUACAGUACUUUUUGAGUUUUUAUAUAGUUGAAUUACCUUUUUACAGCAUAGCAAUGUAAAAGGACUCCUUGUUGAAUAUUGUUUCAUAUGCUUCGAAAGCCAGAAACGAUGUCCACAUCUGUACAGCACAUCAGCAUUUACUGACAUUUAUGUGCCAUUGUACACUUCUUUUAAAGGACAAUGUCGGCCUCACUACCUGGUUUUACAGACAGUAUUUUCUACAGUUGUGUAACUUAGUGAACAGUGUAAGUUGUAGACGUCUUUUGGACGACAGUAACCCUGCAGCAGAAAGAUAAAAGGUACCAAACUUAGAUUUAAGGCUUCUUUAAAGAUGUAAGCAGACUUCCAAACACACUUCUUCACUCUGCUAUGGAGAGCUCGAGUUUGGUACGACAAGAGAUCGGAUUCAUUUGGAUACAUUCUGAAACUUUAUCACUCGGUACUUUCUUUUCAAAUACGAUGUUACAUCAGUUUUUUUUAUCGUCCGUGGAUUGGACUGAAGGACGCCACAGCCUGAACAGAACCAGCAACACGAAGCUUCUUGUACAAACAUCCAGAGUGAAUUUUGGACACUAUUAUUGGACUAUCAACACCUUCUUUUAAUGUUCAUUUUUUAUAUCCACUCUCACACACGCCAAACUGAAUGAUCAUUGUUUUUAUUUUACAAGCUCGAUUGUUCUGCGUCAGAACACGGCCCUUGAAAGGAUUUCUUGACUGAUUUUUAUGAGCGAUCAGUGAACCAAUAAUCACUGAACAUACAAAAACUUCCUUCCAGCUCAGUCCAAUCUUAUUCUCACACCUUUAACAUCUUUGUGAUGCGUCUUUAUGGUCAUUGCAUGUCCAAUUAAGGUUGUAAAGUGCUCCCCCAAUUCAUAUCCACAAAUUAAAUGGGAUCUUUUAAAUAUGGAA